CAUUCAGAUGAAAGUCUGUAACUAACUUCAGACCUAUGGACUAGAAAGGGGAGAGAAAGGGGGGCCACAGCAGAGUGACCGUGUGGAUACAAGUCUUUAGUGUAACUCACCACAAUGUACCUUACUGUGCUUUGUCUUACUGUAAGCAUCUGCUGCUGUCACACAGCAUCGGUGUUUCUAGAACGGGAACAAGCCAAUGGCCUGCUGACAAGGUCCAAACGGGCUAACUCAGGCUGGCUGGAGGAGCUGAAACUGGGAAACCUGGAGCGGGAGUGUCUGGAGGAGAAGUGCUCAUACGAGGAAGCACGGGAAGUGUUUGAACACAAACAAGCCACGGAUGAGUUCUGGAAAAACUACAAUGUUCAAGAUGCCUGCCUAUCUAACCCAUGUCACAACAACGGGACCUGUUCCAGCUCGUCAUCCUCCUACACCUGCCUCUGUCUGCCGGGCUUCAUCGGACGCAACUGUGAACUUGAGAUUAAGGCCGUUCCUGACUCCUGCUUGCAUCAGAAUGGGGGGUGUGACCACUUCUGCGAGGAGGAAGAGGGAAGGCGCAACUGCUCGUGUGCUGAGGGUUACUUCCUGGAACCGGAUGGGCAACACUGCUUGUCACAUGAGGACAUAGCUUGUGGGAUGGUCCCUCUCCUGCAAAGCAAAGAGAAGGGAGAUACACCACUGAACCCUCUGUAUCGUAUCGUGGGAGGGACAGAAUGUCCUGAGGGCCACUGCCCCUGGCAGGUGUUGCUGAUGACUAAAGGAAAGGGCUUCUGUGGAGGAAUAUUUUACAAACCUACCUGGAUCAUCACCGCCUCCCACUGCGUGGUGAAUUUGAAGGCCGAGGCCCUUUCCGUGGUUGCAGGUGAACACGACUUAAAUGUAGUGAAGGGGACCGAGCAGACGGUGCCGGUGGCUGAGAUCCUCAUGCACGCUGACUACGUCCACCUGACGGCGGACAGCGACAUCGCCCUGCUGCGGCUCGCCAAGCCCAUCGUCUUCACCCCCUACGCCGUGCCAGUGUGCCUGCCUACUCGCUCCCUGGCGGAGCGCGAGCUCUGGGCCAUCAGCAUGCACACGGUGAGCGGCUGGGGCAGGGUGGGAGAGCACGGCCCCACCUCCAACGUCCUCCGCAGGCUGGAAGUGCCCCGCAUGCGCACCCAGGAGUGCGUGGAGCACAGUGGCGUGACGUUGACCAAGAACAUGUUUUGCGCCGGCUACACCGACAGCAAAGGGGACUCGUGUAAGGGGGACAGUGGUGGCCCGCUGGUUACUCGCUACAGGAAGACUGUGUUCCUGCUGGGGAUCGUCAGCUGGGGCAAGGGGUGCGCCCGGCCAGGGAAUUAUGGGAUUUACACCAGGGUGUCCAACUACCUGGAAUGGAUCCACAAUGUUACAGCAACAGUGCAGCCCCAGAAAAUCACUGCAGCAACAGACCACAGCGUAAGUGUGCGUGUGCCCCUGGUUAUGCCCUGGGUGAAGACGGAAGAGAAUGUGUUGCUCAAGAUCCUUCUGGAGCUUGAAGGGCUCAGCCAUUGUGGGGGGGUUCUAGUCCACCCAGACUGGGCCAUCACUGCUGCCCACUGUGUCCACAUGAAAGACCCUGAGGAUAUGGUAGUGGUGACAGGGGAACACAACUUGGAGGUGGAGGAGGGAACCGAGCAGAGGAUGCACAUCACCACGGUGAUCCCCCACCAGCUUUAUGACCCGGCGACAGGUGACAGUGACAUCGCCCUGCUGCAACUGAACCAGUCUGUGUCCCUUGACACCCACUCUGUGCCUGUCUGCCUGCCACAGCAGUCAUUUGCCAAGAGCGAACUGGCGGCUGUUCGCUUCCACACUGUCAGCGGUUGGGGUAACCAAGAAGCCUGCAGGGGGGAUGAUGGGAGUCCUCUGGUCACCCAGUAUGGGAACACCCACUUCCUGAUGGGCGUGGCUGGAUGGGGGAGGGGCUGCCCCCAGCCAGGGUACUAUGGGGUCUACACCAAUGUAGCCAACUUCCUGGAGUGGAUUGAGGCAACAAUGAAAUUCUCUCCUACUGUCCAGAGAGGCGCCUCAUCAAGAGAAUCGGCCAUGUUGCGGCUGUCCCAGACCUGUUUCUUUCUGCUCCUUCUCCAUCGAGUGACCUCCGAGGUCUUUCUCUCCAGUGAUGAUGCCAGCCAGGUGCUGAUACGUCACAAAAGGGCCAACAGUGGCUGGGAGGAAGUACGGAAGGGGAACAUGGAGCGGGAGUGUAUAGAGGAGCGCUGUGACUACGAGGAAGCCAGGGAAAUAUUUGAAGAUGAUACAAAAACUAUAGAGUUCUGGAACAAAUAUGUUGAUGGGGACGCCUGUGUAUCCAUCCCUUGUGCCAAUGGCGGCGUGUGUAUGGACGGGAUCGGGAAGUACACAUGUUACUGCAAGUCAGAAUUUAAGGGCUUCAACUGUGAGAUUGUGAUCCCUGAGCUAUGUGAGAAUCAGAAUGGGGGCUGCCAACACUACUGCAAGGUGAAGAGAGGAAAUGUGGAGUGCUCCUGUGCAGAUGGUUACGUCCUAGACUCUGACGACAAGUCCUGUAGCUCCAACGACCCUUUCAAAUGUGGUGUGAUAAAAUCCUCUAAAACUCGGAGCAUCUUCAUCUACCAGCCACAAGGCAACACCACAACCAACACCACCACAGCCAACACCCCCUUUACCAUCACCAACACCACCUCACACACAAACCAAGUUAAAGACACAGAUCAUCAGAUCGAUGUCAACCAGAAAUUACUGGAUGAACUUUACGCAGACGUCUUGGAACCAGUACAGGAGGAGAUUGUCAUUCCGGAGGUCCGUGUAGACACACGGAUUGUCAACGGAGAGGAAUGUCCACCGGGACAGUGUCCCUGGCAGGCUUUGCUGAUAAACCAAGAUGACAUUGGAUUCUGCGGAGGAACCAUCCUGAAUGAGUACUUUAUCUUGUCCGCAGCUCACUGCAUGAACCAGACACGUAGCUUUUACGUUAUUCUGGGUGAGUUUGACACAAAGGUGCAUGAGGGUCACGAAGCCAAACACUUUGUGGAUCAGGUGCUUGUCCACAGGAACUACAUAUCCGAAACCUUCCACAAUGACAUCUCCCUCAUCAAACUACAGAAGCCAAUCACUUUCACCAACUACAUCCUGCCUGCCUGCCUGCCAGAGUUUGACUUUGCAGAAAACGUCCUGAUGCGCCAACCCGAUGGCCGUGUCAGUGGUUUUGGUCGCGUGGGGGAGAACAAGCAGCCGUCCACUGUCUUGCUCCGGCUCAAUGUCCCGUACGUGCCACGAGCCACUUGCAUGGAGUCCAGCACACAAAAAAUCUCCAAGCGCAUGUUCUGCGCUGGCUACGACAACGUGGCCAAGGAUGCGUGCCAGGGCGACAGUGGCGGACCUCACGUCACUCCCUACAAGGACACUUGGUUCAUAACGGGGGUGGUGAGCUGGGGCGAAGGCUGUGCCCGCGAUGGCAAAUACGGCGUUUACACACAGGUGUCCAAGUACAUCGGCUGGAUCCGUGACGUCAUGGCCAGGUUCCUCCCCAAAGACAAGAACGAAGAAAAGAGGAUUAAGAGAAGAGCAGAUCCUGCCACUCUUUGGGUAUAAGUUUGACAUCACAUGUGUAGAAGCAAAAAGAGAAUGGUUAAUAAACAGGCUUUUGGUAGUAUUCAAAACACACUGUGUUUCUGUGUUGGGGUACUAGUUGGUGUGUUGUAAAACCUAAUAUUAUAUACUGUGUCAGCUUACUUUCUUUACAGUUCCAUUUACUAAUGUACCAAAAUGGCUGUGCAAUACUUUCCACAAGCUUGAUAUUGAAAUGAUGCCACAUUUAGUCAGAAUAAGUGAUUAUUACACACUCUAUCCUGCAGUAUUCAAAAUAAAUGCAUGAACCACAAAAUAUAUCUUUGUAUGUGGUUGCUGCUGACAGUUAUCAGUCAUCUUGUAUUGUAAAGAUCAAAUAAA